AUGGAUACACCCUCAGUACCCGCAAACUUUGUGCCUGCAAAGGGAGGCGAUGUCAUCAAUCUUGGAAGAGGGGUGCUCUGUCGCAUCAUGGAAGACGGUAGUAGAACCGAUAAUCGCAUCGGAUCCGCCGAAUUCACUAUCCCUGGAAAUUCGCAAGGUCCACCACCCCAUUGGCAUGAAAUGCACGAUGAAACCUUCCUCGUCACUGCUGGGACUAUUCGGUUCCACCUCAAGGAUGGAAAGCAUAUAGACGCCAAAACGGGUGACUACGUGACGAUUCCACCACGAUCGCCGCAUUCAUUCUCCAACCCCUUUGAUGAAGAAGCGAAGUUCUUCAACGCAUUCACACCGGCGCACUACAUUAACUAUUUCAAGAUGAUGGGCCAAUGGAUCCAGGAUGGAGUGAAGCUGGAAGUGAGCCACGUGAAAACUGCGAUGGCGUAUUUUGCUACCAUUGGAGUUGAGGGUGCUCUAUAGUUGAACAAGAAGAAUAGAUGCCGG